AUGUCGGACCACCAACAUGAUCAUAGUAGCGAGGCAUCAGGCUCAAGACCACGUUCACCUUCCUCGACAGCCCACGACGACGUCGCUAGGCUCGAGAGCGACCUGAUCCCAUCACCACCAGCAUCUUCGCACGGACUCUCAGCCUCGGAUCCAAGCUCUGCAGCAGUCAGCUCCGCCAACGUAGACGGCUCCGCUCGCGUGUAUCGCUUCCCCAGCGACCUUCCACCGCGUUUCGCAGGGUCGAGCGCAGACCCGGACCCGAACGAGCGCGUUGUCACUGUGCGCGACUUGAGGUCCAAGUCGUGCUGGAUCUGCUCUGAAGACGAUGAAGAUCCAAUGCCAAGCCAAGGUCAAGGUUUGUCCGGAGAAGCCCCCGCCACACCGUCGACAAGACCGAAACGGUUCGUGCAUCCGUGCAAUUGUACACUAGUAGCUCACGAAAGCUGUCUUCUACGAUGGAUCGAUCAGAGUAAACGAAACCAUCCCUUGCAAAACCAGGUCACCUGUCCGCAGUGCAAAGCACCGUACAUCCUCAUCAACAACAAGACCACGCUCCUCAAGAUCUUUGAGUUCUUCGACAAGCUCGUCACGCGCAUCGAGCCGAUCGGUGCCUUUUCGAUCCUCGGCGGAUCCGUGCUGGUGGCAUGCACAGCGUACGGAUCUGUAGCCAUCCGUAUGGUCCUUGGAAAAGAUGCCGCUCGAAGGGCGCUAGCUUCUCCUUGGCCAUGGCAUUACUGGGUCGACAUCCCGCUCAUUCCGUUCGCGCUCAUCGCAUCGAGGCUCAACAUUUUCGAGUCUGCCAUGACGUGGGUCCCGACCAUCGUCGCUUUCCCCAUCACUAGCAUUCCCAUGGCCACAGCGACUGCUGCUCACGGCCGCCUCUUCGAUCGCUACCUCGAAUCGAGCAUCUUCAGUGCACGCUCCUAUCCACCAGGACCGGCACUGACAGCCCUCCUUGUGCCUUGGAUCCGCGUCUUCUACCUCGCACUCAAGCGCAAAGUGUACCGCGCCGUGCUGGGUCCGUUCUACGGCAGCAGGAGGAGCGGCUCUUCCAGACGGACGACAGGAACGGGUCGCAACAGACGCAGGGUGGUCAUCGUCGGCGAGGCGGACAGCUACCUGGUCGACGGCGAUGCAGCUUUGGGUGCACAGCCUAUGCCCGACGGUAUCGGUGGGCCGAUGGCGCAGGUGCAGCAAGACGGCAACGGUGACGACGAGGGCGAUGAUGGUCCUAUGCAGACCGUCUACGUUUCUCAUCACUCGCUAGCUCGCCUGUGUCUGGGUGCGCUCAGUCUGCCAUUUGUCGCCAACGUCAUGGGUCGCAUCCUGGGCUAUUUUGCACGCUUCUCGCCGCUGCUGGCACGCUUCUUGGGGAUGAAGAAUGUGCAGCCGCCGUCGUCGUCGAUGCUCUCGUCGUUCUACACGACCAAAGCCACGCCGACGACUUCGUCGAAAGCAGCAUCCGAAUCACCCUCGCCGAUCGCAUCUCUCUUCCGCGGUCAACUUCCACUCUUCGACAGUCAGACCAUAGACGGGAAGAAAAACGUCGCAAACGAUGCCAACAAGUCGUUCUCAGAGCGUCUCACGCUGCUCGGCUAUUCGCCGCGCUACGAUGACCUCGACCCUGUGUGGUUCCGCAACGCAGUGGGCGCCGCCGUCUUCAUCGUGGUCAAGGAUGCGGGCAGUCUGCUGUAUCGUCGUCUGCGUCUUAGUCAGAGGGACAGGACAUCGAUCAAGGACUUGCCUUUCCAAGCCGGGCUCGUGUCUGGUCUCGAUCUGCGCAGUUGA